AUGCGGCGCGCUUCGAGCCCGGGCGCCGUGGCGCGCGCCCUGCUGCUGGCCGGCCUCUGGCUGGCGGCCGCCGGGCGUCCCCUGUCCUCGGACGCCGGCCCGCACGUGCACUACGGCUGGGGCGAGCCGGUCCGCCUGCGGCACCUGUACACGGCCGGCCCGCACGGCCUCGCCAGCUGCUUCCUGCGCAUCCGAGCCGAGGGCGCGGUGGACUGCGCGCGGGGCCAGAGCGCGCACAGUCUGCUGGAGAUCCGGGCCGUGGCGCUGCGCACCGUGGCCAUCCGCGGCCUGCACGCGGCCCGCUACCUCUGCAUGGGCGCCGAGGGCAGGAUGCUGGCGCUGACCCAGUACCUGGCGGAGGACUGCGCCUUCGAGGAGGAGGUCCGCCCCGACGGCUACAACGUGUACCGCUCCCGCAAGUACCGGCUGCCCGUGUCCCUGAGCAGCGCCCGGCAGCGCCAGCUCUACAAGGGCCGCGGCUUCCUGCCCCUGUCCCACUUCCUGCCGCUGCUGCCCGGCAGCGCCGCACAGCCCCGCGACGCCCAGGCGCCCCCGGAGCCGGAUUUGUUGGCCUCGCCCCUGGAGCUCGACAGCAUGGACCCCUUCGGGCUGGCCUCGCGCCUGGGGCCGGUGAGAAGCCCCAGCUUCCAGCAGUGA